AUGGUGGACGAAAAUCAGUGGGUCAAUGCAGCAGCUAAGGGAAUGGCGGAAGAGCGGUAUUGUGAUUUGGACUUGACACCCUGAUGAAUUUUUCUGAUAGUGAUGUCUUUCUGAUAGUGCUGUCUUUCUGAUAGUGAUGUCUUUCUGAUAGUGAUGUCUUUCUGAGUUGUUUGCUCACAGUCGAUCACGAAAUAACAAAUCUAUAAUCUUCCUCUACGUAUACUACCUGAAGGUCGGGAGCUCUUCCUUCACACCUGCACCUUCACAGCUCUUCGCCAUUGGAGGAGGCUUUCAGUGAACGCAGCAAAAAGAUCGCCAGAUUGUACAACUUCUACACGAACAGACCUCAAAAUGUACAAAUGUACUUCCACAAUCACGAAGAAAUUCUGCCAGACACGCGUGCUGACAGGCUUGUGGCUACGGAAAUCCUGCGUCAGAGUGAAUUCGCUUUUCUCACUUGGUUGCAGCACACGCUGUCGAAUCAAGAGCAGCCGUUCUACGUGUCUAGCCAUCUGAAGGAGCAAAGAUUUGCCUUCAAGAACAUGGAGUUCCAGGCGUUGUUUUGGCACCAAGUGAUGACGAGUCUGUUCCUUCUGGCCUCUGCAUUGCCUCCGAUUCUUGGCGGUGGAGGCGAACACGAAAAACAAAAAGAAGAACUGGCGAAUAAUCUUCAUGCAUCACCUGCUCAAGAACAUGCUGCACCAGUUCCAUCCGGAGCGCCAGCUCAUCCAGCACCCUGUCUUAGCACUGUGCCUGUUCC